AUGAAGGAAAUUUUCUCCCUCAAAAAGAAGAAAAAAAGCUUUGAAUGUGACAUGCGAGAUCAUAAAAAAAAGAACCACGUGCGGGUUGUUUGUUUCCGACGAAAGGAAGAGAGAGAUAAAAAAGAGAGCGGAGCGAUGUCGAGUGGGGUGACGACGCGAGGGCAGAAAAGACGGAUUGGUCAGAGAGAUGUGUGGGAUUUGAUUGUGAAUAACGACGAUAUUUGUUUUAAACACAUUCUUCCGAGAUUGAAUUCGAAUGAUGUGAAAUUCUUGUACGAGGUGAAUAGUGAAACGAGAAAGUUGGUGAAGAGGUCAUCUCGCGCAAGGGAUUUGACAAAGAAGUUUAAAGUGAGAGAGAUGUCGUCGAUAUUGACUUUGGAAGUUGCGUGGGAGAAUAAAUCGUUGUGGCCGAGUGACUGGACCGAAAGAUCUUUCUGCUGGGAAGUUGCUGAAACGAAUAAACUCGAGUUGCUCGAGUGGGCGCGAGAGGAGAAAGAGUGUGAGUGGAAUAGAUGGACGAUUAAUGUGGCCGUACGUCAAGGUAAUCUGGAAAUGGUAAAGUAUUGCGUUGCAAAUGAGUGUCCUAUCAGUACGUGGGCGUGUGCAUAUGCUGCCGCAAACGGUCAUCUCGAGAUACUCAAAUACUUACGCGAAGAAGCAGAAGCGGCAUGGGAUUUGAGAUCUCGGAUUUUUUAA